AUGGGAAAUGAUGGAGGCAGCAUUCCCGACAGACGAGACCUCGUAAAGAACAAACCAAAGGCAGAACAAGCAGACAAGGCGAACCAGACCCGUGCUAGAUGGUUUUUCUGCGCUCUUUCAAAGCGUCCCUUGCAAGAACCCAUCGUGUCUUGUGCUCUUGGUAAACUUUAUAACAAGGAUGCCAUAAUAGAGCAUCUACUUGAUAAGACCGUCUAUGGAGAUGCAGGGAAGAUAUGCGGACACAUUCGUUCGUUGAAGGACAUUAAAGUCCUCAAGCUCACUCUAAGGUCUCCACCCCCUCCACCCGACUCAUCUGCCGACGUCGCCAAGUUCGUGUGCCCGCUCACAUUCAAGGAGAUGAACGGUGGGCAACCAUUCGUCUACAUCUUGACUUGUGGAUGCGUCUUCUCUCAGUCUGGUCUGCGUACCGUCCUCGGCCCAUCACCUCCGAACGGAAACGCUGCAGCUGAAGAAAGUCCAGCUGACAAGGACGACCAGCUAGAAGUCUGCCCACAAUGCGCGACCAAAUUCUCCAGGUCGUCCGACAUUUUCAUGAUAAAUCCACCUCUGGAAGAGGAAGAACGCAUGUACGUUGCGAUGGAACUUCGUCGUUCACGAGAGCCUGCGAAGAAGUCCAAGAAGCGCAAGGCUGGUGCAGAUGCUGUUGCUGACGAGGUCGCUACCAAGAAGAAGAAAGGUUCUCUAGAGGAUCACUCGCCUUCGCCAGCACCGGGUUUGAACCCGAAGAUAUCUGCAGCAUCGCGAUCUCUUGCUCAGAGUCUUGCUGCGGAAGAGGCGAAGAGGAAAGCUGGAAUGAGCGAUGCGGUUAAGUCGUUGUAUCGGGGCAAGAAUGAUGCUCCUAGGAAGGAAACAUUUAUGACCAUGGGUACUUUUACAAGAUAUGCGUAA